AUGAAGACAAAGGUCCCAAAGGACUUCAAAGCCCCCGACAUGACCCCAUAUGACGGAACAUCCGAUCCAAGCUAUCAUCUCAGCAACUUUAGAAGUCGGAUGUACCUCACAGACGCCUCGGACGCAACUCGCUGCAAGGCCUUCCCAACCACUCUCACCAAAACAGCUAUAAAGUGGUUCGACAGCCUACCCCUAAGGUCGAUUACCAGCUUUGAUGAUCUUGCUAAGAAGUUCAUAGCCAGGUUCUCCAUUCAAAAAGACAAAGCCAAGCACGCUCCAAGUCUACUAGGAAUCAAACGAGGAGAUCGGGAGAAACUCCGAAACUAUGUGGAAAGAUUUAAUAAAGCAUGCCUUGACAUACAAAAUCUCCUUACAGAAGUAACAAUCAUGGGGCUUAUCAACGGCCUGUGA